AUGGCUCCAACUAAAAGCACAAACACAGGAGUGGUACCUAUCUCCAUCGGAUCCAUCCCUCCUCUGAGCCAGUUAGACAGCCACGUGUCAGUUUCAGAUGGGGAGAAGACAGGGGCUACCCUCCUGUUCUCUGGGAUAUUCCUGGAUCUGGUGGGCAUGACGUUCAAAGUCAUGGGCUGGCUUAAGUACAAUGUCAGCCGCAGCUUCGAGUGGACCCAGCUGCUCGACCCCAUCCUGAUGUCUGUAGGAGGCACCUUCAUCCUCAUCAGCGUCUGUAUGUUCAGGAUUCUCUCCUGCCGGGUGUGUAAGCCGAAGGACCGUGGCGAAGAGUUUUCUGAAUCACUGACGAUCCCAGGGUCCUGCCAAUCAAUUGUGUUCAGUGGGAUCAAUCAGCCAAUAAUGUUUCACAAAGCCACGGUAGUGCAGUAUAUCCCAUCUCCAUAUGGAUUUGUGACACAGGAAAUCGCUGGGAAACGAUGGACCCCCUACUCCCAUGUCGGAAGCGUCAACCACCACCACAAACUGACGGGUCGGAUCCGGAUGGAUGAGGAUGGGGCGGUGGGGAGUCGUUGCUUCAGAUCCACAAACGCCUUAUUCACUGCUGGGGACCAUGUGAACGGAACCUUGGGAGAGGUGAGUGCAGAGUGGGGAGCUGUCAGGUUGCUGUAG